AUGCAACCCUCCAGCCUUGCUGUUCUCAGAGGGCUCGGAUCUGGCCUCGAUGCGCGUGAUGCGGGCAAGAAGCCAGCGCUGCCAUCAGCAGGUUUCGGGUUUCGUCGACAUCGCCCUUGGAGCCAGGCGGGUCUCGGCCUCACUGCCUUUGGGCAGUGCUGGCGGCAGCGUGUGAGAACUGUGCAAUCUGCGGCGGGAGAAGGAUGCCAAGCUGCAGCGCCGCAUGCCUCGCAUUUGAAAGACAUCCAGGAGCUUCUGCAGCCGAUGAUCAGCGAAAGACGACUUGACAAGGCAAGAAGAGUCUUGCAAAAGAGAACUCAAGCCGUGCGGCUGGUCUUUCUGCGGCAAAAGCCGGCUGAUGUACUCGCGGCUCUUCGGACCAUGGAUCAGUUCGCGCUUCAGUUUGCCGAGAUCAUCGGCGAGCUGGAAGACCACUUAGAGAAGCCGGGCGAUACGUCCGGAGGAUCCCGGAACUUCGUCACCGUGCGGCAGUGGAAGGACCUGCAAAGCUGCACACAGUCCCUGCGAAAGGCUGGCCAUCUCUGCGUGUGUCUUCGCAGUGACCCUGAGCUCUCGGCUGAGGGUCAGCUCCAGACGGAGGCCUCCCUGGCUUCGCUGAAAGCUCUUUCUGCUUUGUGCAGAAGGAAGCCGCCACCAAAGCUCGCCGUUGUGUUUGGGGAUAGCGGAGUCGAGGAGGACAGGCAGAAGGAGUACGACAUGCAGGUUUCGUUGCCCCAGCGCGGAUUCGCGUGUGGCCUCUCUCUGAAUGUCGCCGUGGCCAUGGUCCUUGUUCACCUCAGGUCUGCCGGACUCCUCAGCGGGCACUCGCUGUCGCCUGGGCAGCGCGACGUGCAGCGGACCCGGAGGGGACCCGGUGAGACAGGCGAAGGCCGUUGA